AUGGAGAUGCAGCAGCAAGAACAUGGCGUGGACUCGAAAAAGCGGCUCGGGUUCACAGGUCCCAGCACACAGCUCGACCCCGCCGUCCUGAGACCAACGCGGCCGCCACCCCCCGUUGACACUUCGGCGCUGUCCCUGGUCCCGAGCCCGGACGCGUUCGAGGGCUUCCACCAGGUUGACGUGAUCCCGUUCGAGGAUGGCGUCAUCACGACGUACGAGGCCACAACGCCGGCAGUGGUGGAGAAGCGGCAGUGCUGCGCCAGCUGGAACCGCGACGUGCCCAGCGGCGUGCUCUACGGCAACCUCGAGCCCGCCGGCACCGCCGUCCGCAGCCAGUGCGUCAACUAG